AUGCCCAAAACAAAGCAGGAGAUCGUGAUCGAUAUCGAUUUUGGAACUACAUUUACCAGAGUGGCCAUUCAUCAUGGCACAAAAUCAAGUCGACACAUCAACAACUGUCCCAGAACCGGUGGGCGUCACACCGACGACGUCAAAGUCCGGACUACCAUUUUGUACGACAGUACCGGGAAGCGAACCAAUUGGAAAUAUACAAUCGUUAUAAAGGAGGAGUCUCUUUGCUGGGUCAGGAUCCUGCUGGACUCGGACUCGAGGUACUUUGAUAAAGUACGAGAGAUACAGGAGAUCAGGAUCAUGCUGCAAAGCCUCGGCAAGACACGAGCCCAAGAAGAGUUCUAUAGGCAAUUCUGCUCGUGGGUAGAUUUGGUGAGCAUAAAAACCUGUAUCGACGACUGGAGAACAGUUGCAGGUCGAACAGAUUACACGUCAAUCAGGAUCAGGGAGCAUGUCCGCUUACCUGUCGCGGUGCAACCGUGCGGUCUUUCUCGGGGUUGUCACCAACGUCUGCCUCCGUGGUCGCCUCCAGCAAAUUUAGGAAUCGGUUACGGAGUGCCGCUGUUUUGUGCCUUCGAAGAAGCGUUGCACUUGAGGUAUGAUCGGGAUUCUCGCACUCAGGACGGUAAAUGGAUGGUCGUCAACCAGAUAGAUUGGUUGCUCUUAAAGGCAAACCUAAACCAAAAGCCCCAAGCUGACGAAAAUCCGCUACAGGGAGAUACAAUUACGGAGGGCAGACAUUUGUAUCUGAAAGCUUACCGGAACAUCCCCUUUGACGAGAAGCAAUAUUGCUUUCACUCCGCGAGAAGACCUAGCGUGCACCACUGCGAUGUGAAGUUAUUGAUAUCUUACAGAGACAGUCUCAAUACACGAAAAGACGAUUUUUGCAAAAAGCUGAUUACGAUCAACUUCACUUUGACCACAGCUCAGAUCAGAGAGUUCGGCCAGAAACUGGAAUGCAGAAGACACCAGAGCUCCUGGCGCCGCAUUCCCUACACGAUUGUUGUGACGCUAAACAAGACGCAUUUUGACGUCAGCCUAGAUUGUUUCGGCCAGAAAAUCACUUGCUUUAAAAUCCAUGCGUAG